AUGGCGUCCACCCUCCCCCGCCUGCCCAUCUUCGAGGCCAUCAAGAAGCACGAUGCCCAGAGCACUGCCGUCAUCCACUCGCUGUCCGGGCGGCGGUUCACGUACGGCGAGCUGGUGAACGAUGUCGCCGCGGCAAAGGACAAGCUGCAGCGCAACACAGGCGGGAAGAGCGCAGAGGGCGAGCGCAUAUCGUUCCUCGUGGAGAACGGAUAUGACUAUGUAGCCAUUGACCAUUGCACAGUGACUCUGCUGUCUAUCCUGGCCGCCCAUGCCAUCGCCGUACCGCUGUCGCCCACCUUCCCCGCCCACGAGCUGCGUUACAUCAUCGACCAGAGCGAGUCGCUGAUGCUCCUCUCGUCAGAGAAGUUCCAGGACAAGGCAGAUGAAAUCUUGAAGGAGGAUAUGCAGACAAGCCCCAUCAACUGGAAGCGGGAGAAGAUCAUGAUGGGCAAGACAGACGACUAUGUCACCCUCGAAGAGCCAACAAGCACCAAGGGCGGCAUGAUGCUGUACACAUCGGGCACCACCAGCCGGCCGAAAGGCGUUCUGCUGCCCCAGGAUGUGCUGACAGCUCAGUCAAUGUCGCUGCUGAAGGCCUGGAACUACACAGUUGCGGACGUGCUGCUACACGUGCUUCCACUACACCACAUUCACGGCACAGUCAACGCACUGCUGACACCACUCUUUGCGGGCAGUGUCAUCGAAUUCCAGUUCCCGUUCAACGCACAAGCUGCCUGGGAGCGACUCGCUGCGCCCUUCUUGCCGAAUCCAGACCCAGCGAAGAGACCCAUCACCUUCCUCACAGUGGUACCCACCAUCUACACACGCUUCCUCUCUUCACAUGCCAGCUUAACACCCGAACUCCAAGCCGCGACAAAGACGGCCCUACAUCCCUCGAAUCUGCGAUUGAACAUAUCUGGCUCCGCUGCCCUUCCCACACCGGUCAAGUCAGCAUGGUCAGAACUGAGCGGCGGCAACGUCCUACUCGAGCGGUAUGGAAUGACAGAGGUUGGCAUGGCACUCUCGUGUGGUCUCGAUUUUUCCGACCGAGUAGACGGCUCAGUAGGUUGGCCACUGCCUUCGGUGCAGGCACGUCUCGUGGAUACAGAAACAGGAGAAGUCAUCAAAGAAGGCGAGGAGGUCGACCCGUCAACUGGCCGCGAACGACAUGGGGAGAUCCAACUCCGCGGUCCCACCAUCUUCCGCGAGUACUGGAAGAACGCCGAAGCCACUACGAAAGAAUUCGUAGAAGAUGCAGACGGCCAAGGCAAGUGGUUCAAGACCGGCGACGUAGCGAUCCGCAAGACCGUUGACGGCGCAGGAAAAAGUUCACAAGAGUGGGCCAAAGGACCGCUCUACUUCAUCCAAGGCCGCAAAUCUGCCGACAUCAUCAAAACUGGUGGCGAGAAAGUCUCCGCCCUCGAAAUCGAGCGCGAAAUGCUCUCCCUCCCCUACAUCUCCGAAGCCGCCGUCGUCGGUCUUCCAAGCGAAGCUUGGGGCCAGAAAGUCGCUGCUGUCGUCGUGCUCUCUGAACAAGGCAAGACAGCGGGGAGGGGUGGGAAGGCGUGGGGCGCGCUGGAUAUGAGGAGGGCGCUGAAGGAUGUUCUUGCUAAUUACAAGAUACCUCAGGAGAUGAAGGUCGUGGAUACUAUUCCGAGGAAUGCGAUGGGUAAGAUUAAUAAGAAACAGUUAGUUAUUCAGAUCUGGGGCGAGCCGCUGGAGGGUGGGAAGGAGAAUGGCGCCGUGCAGGUGCCGAAUGGGAUUGUAUGA